UACCCUCUUUGGAAGAAGCAAAAACGGCUUCCAGGGAAUGGUUCUUUCAGGGGGAGCUUCCGCAGGCGUGCCAGGGAGACCACCUUCCGGGAAGGGCGGGCUCCGGUUGCCCGUCUCUCGUGCGCUGGUCACAAGGCGCGCCAUGCGGGCACCUCCCUCCUCGUCAGCUGCGGGUGACUCUGACUCAGGUACCCGGGGCUUCUGUGGCUCCUUCCUUCCCCAUUUCCUUCCUGGCCUUCAGGCCUGGCUCUGCCGCCCAUGAGAGAACGCCGACCGAAGCAGCGAGAAGCCCUCCGUGCUGAUGGGCUCCUUUUGCUUCGCUUACAUGUUCCCCUCUCAUUCUGCUUGCCGUCGGUGCCCCAGGUCCAGUGGAGUUCGGGACAGUGUGCAGGACCCCCUCCGCUCCUUGUAUCCUCACAGUGACAACCUGGCAAGGUAGGCCAGCCUGACAGGCCGUAUGAGAGAGAAAGGAAGAGGAAGCCUUACAAGCCUCCGGAUCCCCCUGGUGGGUGUCCUGCUCUAACCAUUACCUACCACCACCUCGCACAAGUCUUCAGAUGGGCUGCAGUGGAGAGAGGGAAACCAUUCCCGCAGCCCCCACUUCAUGCCUGCUUCCCCCUCCACCUCCCUGGCAGCCGCUGGUACCACCCAAAGGGCCUCGGCGCUCUUUGCCCCGUGACGGGGAGGCUGGUGGGUCCACCCUGACCUUUGUCACGGGUGUGCAAAGGAAGGCGGUUGCCGAUAAGAGGGGCCGUGUGGAAAGUCCAAAGGGGACGCUGGCCCAGGCUGUAACGGGGAACGCCACCCCCUCUUCCCCCUCCUCCCCUGAGGGUGACUCACUCAGUAAAAGGGGAAGGAAGGAAGGCCUGAGCACCCAGCUGCCCUCCUUGCGAAAGGCAGGCCGGCUGCGCCAGCGGGGAAGGGCUGCUCGCUGGACGGCAGGCAGGCAGGCAGGCAGCAGUCGGCGCCCUGGCUGCCACCAUGACCAACAGCCGGAGGUUUCAUCGGUCCUAUUCCCUGCGGGCGCCCAAGGCCCCUGUCCUCCUGGAUCUGGCCCCCGGGGAUGGCUACGACCCCCUGGAGGGGGGGGAACCUGCCUGGGGGCCGGGAGAGGACCGAGGCCGCAGGACUCCCAGGAAGGGAGAGUCUUCCGGGGCGCAGAGGGCCCCCCGGGCCCCCCAAGGACGAUGGGCCCGCCGAGCGGCCAGCCUGAGAGCGGGGAAGGCCAGCCGGAGGAAGGAAGAAGGACGCGAGGAGGCCACGGGGCUGCCUGCGGCCACCCAGGGAGACGCCGUGGCCCACUCUGUGGUCCCCGGUGGGGAUGAUGGGCAGCUGCUGCUCGCAGAGGACUGGGAUGGAGCGGGAGGAAGGAUGCAGAAGUGUAAAAAGGUCCACCGUGCCCUCCGGCGAGGCUGGGAGGCCUUCGUGACCAACGUGUACAGCCUGACGUUGAGCUCUCCUGCCCGCCCGCCGGCCGCUGGGCCCCUUCCAUCCCCACAGGUGGGAACGAGAUGAAGGCCAAGCACCCACCCAAUGGAGGGACCGAGGGAUGCUGCGUGACAGCUGCUCCCUGUGGAGUCUUCCUUGUUGCUGCUCCUCAAGAGGACUAGAAACUCCGCUCUUGCGAGGGCAGGACUCAGGCAGGGAGCCACAUUUUCUGUACUGUGCAACCGCUUGACACACACACAUGACUCUUGGAACGAGGACGGAGGGUGGAUUUCCCCCUACGUGGUGCCAGCGGCAGUCUUCCUUCUGGCUUGUUGCGAGGAGGCUGGGGGCCGGGGCCUCUCUGGAAAUACUCGCCACUGGAAGCGGCGUCAACUCCUACCUGUGUCUCCGCCUCCCGGAAUCCUUUCCUGGGACAGUAUUGGCCUCUGUACCUUUGGAACUGGUACCUAACCAUGCCCACAGCAGGGGUGCACACGUGCCCAGGUAGAGAAUGGUAUCUAGCAGGUGCCACAUUGGCAGUCCUGGUCGCCUUAUCUACCUAGGGGUGCGGUGUUUGGACGUCUUAUCUACCUAGUGUUUGAAAGCCCAGGGACUCCUCAUGACCCUCCCCCAUAGCCCACCACCACAUCACGAACCCUCACCCCCCAGGAGACCAAAAGUCCAGGCAACUGGAUGAGUCUGGAUCAACCCAUGAGGAACGGGUCUUUUCUCAGGCUAAAGGCUCUUAGUUUUUCACUCAAGGCCAAACAACGUUCAGACUCUUUGCAUUGCAACAAACAUCUGUCUCGGGUGGGGGGGGGAGAAACCUUUUGGUCCCUUCUAUGUAGCUCCGUGGGACAGAGUGAUCCGGAAGAAAAUGGUGCGCGCAUUGAAAUGGAAGCAGCGAUGUCCUGCUGAUUGUUCCUGUCCUUGAGAUGUGGGAGUCAGAGGCAGAGCAGGAAGGAGAGAAACACAAGGGAUCCCGAAUCUUUGAUAUUUGUUUAACAGAACCGCAGUCCUCAGCUUUCCAUGGCUGACAUUCUACCCAUUGCUCUCGCAGAGAAACCAAGCAGUUUUCCGAAGAAUGACAUUUAUACGUUACAGGGGGCCUCUUAGAGGGGGUCAAUUAUGAUCAGACUGUAAGGAUGUAAAAGUUGCAUUGCUGCCGUUGGAAAGAAACCCAAACCAGGAGGAAUCAUUCUGUGAGAAAUGCAAAAUGGCACUGAUGCAGAGCUGCCAGUAAUUUUUAUUCCUUUCCAUGUGAAAGAGAAAGAUGGCCCUUUUUUUCCAUGCUGUGGGAUUCUGGGCAAUGAAUUUUAUUGCCGUGGGUAAAACAAAGGUCAUAAUUCCAUAAUUCCAUGUCACAAAGAGCCCGUGUGCCAGCCGGCCGGAGGCCUGCGUCUCGCCAGUGGAAUGAGAAUCGAUAAUUCAGAACGGCUGGCCUACAAGAGGGAGGGAGGGAAGGAGGGAGAAGGGCAUCGGGGCCAGCCCUCCGUCCUGGCACACGUGCAGACCCCGUCUGGAAAAGCCAGGCUCCGAUGAGGACGGCGAAGUGGGAGCCGUGGCGUUCUCUCAGCUGGCCUCUUCCCGGAUCUUAGACCAUGGCUCCUCCGUGUGCAACGGGGAACGGUUUGCUUGGUUCGCGUCUGUCUUUCAGGCUGCUGUUAAACGAAGGGGUCCCUCUCCUCCCCCGCCCGACGCUCGGCCUUUCUGGCCGGCCCCACUCUCGGCUUCGGCCUGCCCUGUUCCAAAGGGGGGGGGGAAGGCACCGCUCUGAUCCAGCGCAGGAGAGGGUCCCGUCCUGCUGAGCUUGUCCGUCCUGUGUGGAAAUGUCCCAGAGCAUCCUUUAGGGGCACAGGUGUGGGGUCUGUGCCCAAACAGAUUGUGUCUCCCCUGCUGUGUCCCUUCGAAUUCGGAGGGCAACGGUUUCGUUCCCGUGGGGAACCUUGAAAGGAGGUUGCGGGCAUGGGUAGGUGAGCGGUCGGCCACCCAGGCUGGUGUCUCUUGGGGCGUGAAGGGUGUUGUGGGCAGGCACUCACGACGGGGCAGGACUGUGGCUUGGGGCGCACGACCCCAAAGUGUGGCCGCCUCAAUAAACCCGGAUCCCAUCCUGA